CAACACCCAAACAGCUCUAUUCUUCCAAUUCAAAAACCUAACUAAGCCGCCGUGUACCACCGUAAGGCUUCGACAGUUUUUCCGUUCCCGCCUUGAGCUUUCUCUUUGCUGCUUCAAUGGCGUCCAUUCCCUCCAACGAUCACAACGAGAAGAUGAAGAAGAAGAAGACGAAGAAUGAAAAGACUCACAGCCUUUCUGACCUCAAAACCCUAGGGCUUCAACUUCUCUCAUCUCGAGCUCACAUCAACAACCUUCCUCUCCUUCUCACCUUCGUUUCUCCUUCUUCACCUCCUCCUUAUGUCCUUGAAGCUCUCCUCUCCCUUCAGUCCUUCUUCAUCACCAACCUCCCUACCCUCCCUUCCUCCUCCAAGCCUCCCCUCGCCGGAGACGACGUUCAGGUCGACGCCGAGUUCAUUUACCGGACCUGGCUCCGUUCCAAGUUUGAUGAACUCGUCAAGUCGCUUAUUGAUGUAGCGGUUUCUUCUGAAUGCGACGACACUCUCAAGGAGAUUGUGUUGGAUGCGAUUAUGGAGUUUGUUAAAGUUGGUAACAAGGGGAAAUUUCACUCUGCUGUAUACCACAGGUUUUUACAGAGUAUUGCUCGUUCUUCGACUCCAGUUGAUACUCUGAUAGCCUUGCUUGUGAAAAAGUACUUCCAUUAUCUCGAUGUCCGUUAUUUUACAUAUAUUAGCAUUAAAGAACUAGCCAAGAUUUUCAAGGCUGAGUACAUGUCUGGUGAUGGUGGUGGCCAUUCAAAAGAAGGAGUGGAGUUCAUUCACAUUGUGCACUCUAUCAUAUCCUCCAUUCCCCCUUUGGAAAACUCAAAUCAAUCUGACUACACUAUGUGGGUUGAAUCAGGUGAUAACAAAGUGCUUUCCGAUGACCAAGAAGCAAAGCAGCUUAAGAUGAAGAAAAAUGACGAAGAGGUCUUAACCGCAUCAAAGAUUGUUAGAAGAAUGAAACUAAAAUUUUCAAAAGCAUGGAUUUCAUUUCUUAAGUUACCGCUUCCAAUUGAUGUGUACAAGGAGGUUCUUGUAAUUCUUGAUCAGGAAGUCAUUCCCUAUCUUUCUAAACCAAUUAUAUUAAGCGACUUCUUAACAAAAUCCUAUGAUAUUGGUGGCGUCAUCAGUGUUAUGGCUCUCAGCAGCCUCUUCCUCCUAAUGACAAAAUAUGGUUUAGAGUAUCCAAACUUCUAUGAAAAACUUUAUGCUCUAUUGGUUCCUUCAAUAUUCAUGGCAAAACAUCGGGCCAAGUUUUUUCAGCUUCUUGAUUCCUGCUUGAAGUCGCCACUUCUUCCAGCAUACUUGGCUGCUGCUUUUGCCAAGAAAUUGAGUAGGCUAUCACUUGUUGUUCCUCCAUCAGGAGCACUUGUCAUUAUAGCUCUUAUUCACAAUCUCUUACGAAGACAUCCCUCAAUCAACUGUUUGGUUCACCGGGAAAAUGUUGGCGAGAGUAAGAACGAUGAUUCCACAAGUGAAGAGGCUGCUAAAGGCACAGAUGCUUCAGAGGUUGAUGCUGAUACACCCAAAAUGAAGCCAGGCAUCGAUCAUUUUAACUACGAGGAAACUGAUCCUAUUAAAUCUAGUGCCUUGAGAAGUUCACUUUGGGAAAUUGAUAGUCUUCGACACCAUUAUUGUCCUCCUGUUUCAAGGUUAGUUUUGUCCCUUGAGAAUGAUCUGACUGUGAGAUCAAAAACAACUGAAAUUGAUGUUAAAGAUUUUGUCGCCGGUUCAUACUCUACAAUACUCGGGCAAGAGUUGAAAAAGAAACUGAAGCGAGUCCCUCUGGCAUUCUACCAAGCACCCCCCACCACCUUGUUCUCGGAGUCUGAUUUCGUUGGUUGGAGUUUCGAUUACGAACACAGUGACAAGAAUAAUAUUGAUGGUAGCGAUCAUCUUUCAGCAAAAAGACAAUGCAUAGGGAGCUCAUAACUUAGGUUUCUUCACCUCCAAAUUCCGCCUUGGGACAUUUUCGUUCCUCCAGUGAGAACUCUACAUACAGGAGCCUUCAUCAGAAUCUCCAGACCGUCCUCCGAGGUUAACUGUCGGAAAAUCGUAAGUUCUUAUAACUCAAGAGUGGCAGGUGAAUUUUUGUAGCCUUUCCAUGAGUCAUUGCCUAAUUGAACAUUCUUCCAAACAAAACCUUACGGUAAGAGGUAACUGUACCAGUUUUGCUUUAUAUUUAUCAAGGUGUGUCAGCCCAUUGUAUACAUUUUUUUUCUUUGUAGUUAUUUCCCAACUUGAAGACACAAACUAUAUGUGAUUUUGAAAUUGUAUUCUACAGAAAUUUUGUGGUGAGUUUACAAACUCGAUUGUAGCUCCUGAGCUGCGUCGAUUAGUUUU